AGGAAGCAACAGCCCCAGCCCGCCUGGGCACGCUGCUCUGAGUGCGCUCGGAUGCAGCCGCCCCGGGCCCGCGCCUCCUCGUCCGCGCGCGGCUCGCCCUCCACCCGGAGCGCCGCGCGUCUCCGGAGCCGGCCGUGCGCCGGGCGCGCGUGGGGAGCCGGGGCGGGCUGGGGUGGAGCCGCAGCGCCCCGCAAACUUUGGGCGGCGGAGCGCGCGCGCCGAAGCCCCGUGGCGCGGGAUGGGGGCGGCGAGGCUACGCGCCCCGGGUCCCCACGCGCGCCUGGCCACCCGCCCGGGGACCCCUGCGCCGCCUCUGCCCGUGCCCCGGGCCCCGCAACCUCGUAGCCCCGCAGCCGCCCGCGCGCGCUAGCCCACCGCAGCCUCCCAGCCGGAGUCCUCAGAGCGCUCUCCGUGCUUGGGGACACAACACCAGAGACCCCCCUUGUGGAGUGAAAUUCAAUUCACCAGCCAGUUCUCAGUGCAGUGGAAACACUGAGGUGAGCCUCGGCCUGCGCUGCGGGACCCCGAAGCCCUAGCGGCCUGGCUAUGGACCUGUGGGGAUCCGGCACAGGGUGGCCCUGCUGCUCGUGUCCCUAGCCAGAUGCGUCUUGGUCAUCCAGCUCAGCUUCUCUUCUCCGGGGAUCUGGCGACAUCCCUUCUUCAGCCAGAGGACACCACGGAGGAGCAGAGGACCCGCGCUCCAGGAUGUGCCCAUCUGAGAUGGGGACGCUGUGGUACCUCUGGUCUCCCGUGCUCAUCUGCCUAGCUGCCCUUUUCUCCAAAGUGACGGAAGGCCGAGGGAUCCUGGAGAGCAUUCAGCGGUUCUCACUGCUGCCUACCUACCUCCCAGUCACCUACCACAUCAACAAUGCUGAUGUCUCCUUCUUCCUGAAAGAGGCCAACCAGGACAUCAUGCGCAACUCCAGCCUGCAGUCGCGGGUUGAGUCCUUCCUGAUCUACAAAUCCAGGCGACUGCCGGUGCUCAACGCCAGCUACGGGCCCUUCUCACUCGAGCAGGUAGUGCCCCAGGAUUUGAUGCUGCCUUCCAACCCAUUUGGAUUCACCAACACGUUCUCCCUUAACUGGAGGCUGAAGGCCUACAUCCUGCAGGAGAAAGUCUACCUAAGCCAUCCCAAAGUGCAGGUGCUCUUUCACAUCGUGGGCCGAGACUGGGAUGACCACAGGGACGAGAACUUGCCUUGCCUGCGGGUCUUUGCUUUCCGAGAGACCCAGGAGGUUCGAGGCAGCUGCCGGUUGGGCGGAGCCCUGGGGCUGUGCGUGGCCCAGCUGGAGAUGCUGCCCGGCUGGUUCAGUCCCCCAUCGGUGGUGUCUGGGCGCAGGAGGCCCACGGAGCAGCCAGAGGGGAGUCCCGUGGAACUGUAUUACGCUGUACAGCCAGGGGGUGAGCGAGGUGACUGUGCCAAGGAGGACUUGAGAAAGAAUGGUGGUACUCCAGCAGGCCACAAUGAUGUUGAUGAAUCCAGUCCCCCUUUGCAUAGAAUUGGGAGUGUCUUCCUUCGGGAGACCCCCAGCAGCCCACCUUUGAAGGAGCUGCGUUUGGAUAGCAACGUGGCCGUUCAUUAUGUCCCUAAGACUGUGCGACAAGGAGAUAUACUCACCUUCCCUAUCUCUGUCUCCAGGAACUGCACGGAGGAUCGCUUCACACUGAGGGCCAAGGUUAAGAAAGGCGUGAGCAUUGUUGCCGUGAGAGCCAGCAGCUCUUCCAUCUGGGAUGUCAAGCAGAGCACCGAGUACACGGGGAAGUAUGCUCCGGCUGUCAUUGUUUGCGAGAAAAAAUCUGCUGCCUCUGAAAAGAGUGUGGAUGAUGCCUCCUAUGAAGUCAUGAAGAUUGAUAUUGAGAUCGAAGCACCCAGUGACCCACCUACCACACAGCUAGUCACGUGGCAGGUUGAAUACCCAGGAGAGAUCACCUCUGACCUGGGAGUGUCCAAGAUCUAUGUGAGCCAAAAAGACUUGAUUGGAGUCAUCCCGCUAGCCAUGGAGGCAGAGAUCCUGAACACGGCCAUCCUUACUGGGAAGACAGUGGCUGUCCCUGUGAAGGUGAUCUCAGUAGAGGAAGAUGGCACAGUACAAAGUCUGUUGGACUCAGUGGAGUGCAGGUCAUCAGAUGAAGACGUGGUUAAGGUUUCUGACAGAUGUGACUAUGUCUUUGUCAAUGGGAAGGAAAUGAAGGGCAAGGUGAACGUGGUGGUCAGCUUCACCUACCAGCACCUGAGCAGCCCCCUGGAGAUGACAGUGUGGGUACCACGGCUACCCCUGCAGAUUGAGGUCUCAGACAUGGAGCUAAACCAGAUCAAGGGCUGGCGGGUCCCUGUUGUCUCCAACAAAAGGCCAGCUCGGGACAGUGAGGAGGAAGACGAUGAUGAGAAGAAGGGCCGAGGCUGCACCCUUCAGUAUCAGCACGCCAUGGUGCGAGUCUUGACCCAAUUUGUGGCUGAGGCUCCCGAUCCUGGGGGACACCUGGCCUACCUGCUGGGCUCUGACUGGCAGGUGGACAUCACGGAGCUGAUCACUGACUUCAUGCAGGUGGAGGAGCCCAGGAUUGCUAAGCUGCAAGGAGGGCAGAUCCUAACUGGCCAGGAGCUGGGCAUGACCACUAUUCAGAUCCUGUCCCCUCUGUCGGACGCCAUCCUUGCCGAGAAGACCAUCACCGUACUGGAUGAGAAGGUGACCAUCACAGACCUUGGGGUCCAGCUGGUAACGGGACUUUCGCUAUCCCUGCAGCUCAGCCCUGGGAGCAACAGAGCCAUCUUUGCCACCGCGAUGGCUCAGGAACUUCUACAGAGGCCCAAACAGGAAGCAGCCAUCAGCUGCUGGGUGCAGUUCAGUGAUGGCUCUGUCACACCCUUGGACAUUUAUGAUGAGAAGGACUUCUCCCUGAUGGCUACAUCCUUAGACGAGAAGGUUGUCUCCAUCCUUCAGGACCCCAAAUUCAAGUGGCCUAUCAUUGCUGCAGAAAAUGAAGGGCAGGGGGCCCUGGUGAAGGUAGAGAUGCUCAUCAGUGAAUCUUGCCAGAAGUCUAAGCGGAAGAGUGUGUUGGCUGUGGGAACAGCCAGCAUCAGGGUUAAAUUUGGGCAGAAUGAUGCGAACCCCAAUAGCAGUGAGAGCGGACACCUUGGGGCUGGGCUUCAUGUGGAGACUAUCAAUGACAGGAGGUCCAAAAAGCCUUUUCAGGAAUGGGGGAACCCUGAGGGGCCAUACUACAGCAGCUCAUCCGUGGGGCUCAUGGAGGGAUGGGGCAGUACAACCAAGAGGCCAACUUUGCAGAAGAAGGAAGGCCAGGAAAACCUGUUAGAUGAUAUCAUCCUCUCACAGACGAUGGCCGCAGACCUCACCAGCUUCCCAGACCAGAUGGACCUCCCCGGAAGCAAUGUGGGCGCUGAGGAACAAGACCUUGAUCAAGCAGCCAAGGGGCUGAGUGACCUGGAAAUUGGCAUGUAUGCUCUUCUGGGUGUCUUCUGCCUGGCUAUUUUGGUGUUCUUAAUUAACUGUGUGACCUUCGCCCUGAAGUACAGGCACAAACAGGUUCCCUUUGAGGAGCAAGAAGGUCUGAGUCACUCUCACGACUGGGUUGGGCUGAGCAACCGGACAGAGCUGUUGGGGAACCAUCUGAACUUCGCCUCCUCCCAAGAGGAGCAGAUCACUGCCAUUGACAGGGGUCUGGACUUUGAGGAGAGCAAACUCCUUCUCAGCUCAAACUCUCAGAACAGCAUCAAUGGACAGCUGUUCAGGUCCACGGGAGCCAUGCUCACAGACGACAAAGAACAGAAAAGCGAACCCCCUACAUCCCCUACCUCCAAAAGGAAAAGAGUGACAUUUUCCACAUUCUCCGCCAUCUCCUCAGACGAUGGGUGUCCUUCUGGGAACACCAUGGUGUUGAGUAAUGAGGAUGACAUUAAGUGGGUCUGCCAGGCUCUGGACCCCAGUGAGUGUGCCGAACCUCCCGGUUGCAUGGAGAGGCUACACGAGCACGUAUAAAACAGAGACACCUACGUUGUUCUUACCUUUCAGCCUUUAACCCACUUGGGUAUGGGAAGUAGACAUGUCCCCAGGGGAGAAAUGAGACAAGAGGACACCACAAGGGCAGCACUGUCCAUAGAACCCUAGGAGAUGAUUCCUCUCUUAGCUGGGGAGCCCCAGAGUUGGAAUCCAUGCACACGCCAGUGCAUGAUGCUUUGGUUCAACUUAGGAGGUUUACUGUGCAUGGCAAGAUGUCAAACCUGGAACAAAGAUGCGUGUUUAAAGAGUUCUCGGGGAAGAACUCUUACAAUUUGGUUUCUCAUCAGAUCCAUGUUGCUGCGAUAAUCACUAUUCAGACCAUGAAAAAAGAGAUUAAAAAAAAAAAAAGGCAAGGCUCAGGUUGAGCAUACGUGGGUCAUGGGCAAGAGGCAUGGCAUCAGGGUGGCUGACUCUAAGUAUGCUCGCAGGCAGAGUGUAGCACUGAAGCUGGCUAUGGGAAGUAGGGUAUUUUGGUAUGGGAAGGUAUGGGAAGCUGGUGAUUCCCAAAGAUGGGGUCAAAGUUGGCCAGAGAUUAUUGACAGGCCAAGGAGAGGUUAGCAGGGCAAAAAUGAAACAGGUAAAGUCCACAACUAUUUUUGUAACUACGUGCCAAGAAACACAUACAUUACACACACACACACACACACACACACACACACACGCACAUCACUGGAGCAAUUGAGAGAAGCUCCCUAUCUGUAGAACACUGGGUACAAACUCCAUGGCUCCUUACACAAGUUCACUAGAUUUGAACUUGAUCGCUACAUUCUGUUGACACCCUUCAGCCAUUGGCUGUUUGGCAGUGAGGACAGGAGAGUGAUUCCCAGAAAUUGCUCCCUGCCUCGAGUUCCCCUGAGCGUUGUGUCAACUUCAGGAGGCACUCUAAGGAAGUGGUCCCAGGGACACAUAUCCCUGUGAGGAGACUGGUCUCCAGAGUGUAAACGAGACUUGGGGUGAAUUCCCCACCCCCCUCCCUGCUUUCCUAGAAACCACAGAGGGCCUGUUUUGUGAUGGGAUCUGCUGCCCCUCAUGUUGGGUCUCCUUGUCCAAGAAUUUGUCAUCAGGGUAUUUUAAGACAGAGCCACCUGUUCAGUGCAAGUUGGCUCUUCUGAAGUAUAAGAGGUGAGUGUCAGGAACGUGGGCUUGUGCAUGCUUGGACAGCAUGAGAGAGGUGAGCUUGUAUGUGUAGGUGUGUGCGUGUGUAUGAAGGCAUGUGUGUGUCUACGUGUGGGUGUGCACAAAGCAGGUAGCUAUGUGUCUGCGGUGCAUAUGCAGGUGUACCUAUUCUUGCAAGCACUUGGACCCCAAGUCAUCCCUGAAAGGAUUAGCAUUGCUUAAUGUCAAAAUAUCUCUCCGAUCCCUCAAGAUGCUGAGCCUAUGGAGAUGGUAGGAGAGGUGUGAUUGGAGGAUCCCCCAUCCCAAUCCUGUUCUCACUGUGAAGUGAGAAUGAUGGAUUGAGGAGUAGCCGUGACCUCGAAGGGUGGAGGAGACUAGUCUCUGGGUAAUUCUAACACUGUCAUUUCCUUCUCUUUUCUUUCACCUUACUUUCUGUCUUUAUUGCCUUGUCUUCUUCCUCAUCUCCCUCCUCUUAUUAUUCUCACCCCCACCAUAUAAGAGAGCCUCCCUAGAGGACCAUGAGUCCCACCUCCUCUCCUUCCCCUCAGGCCCUCUCUUCUCUGACUGUGGUGCUAAUCCUUUUGUUCUGACAGCCAGCAAGCUACCCAGCUCCCAGCUCCCAGCUCCCAGCUCCCAGUAGACUCUCCCUUGUUUGGGUGGGUGAUGAAACUCUUACCCCUUCACCACCACAAUCCUUUGCUUCCCGUCGCCCACUUUCUGAUUUCUUCCCCCUUCUUACCCAUGGGACGUUUCCUUGACUACUGGAGCAGAUGCCUGUUCUCAAAUCCCUCCACGUGUAGAAUGUAUUGUAGAUUGUAAGAAUGUAAUCUAUAUUUAUAAACUUACUGACUGUAAAUAUAAAACAUGCACUCUGCGG